UUGGAUAGAUAAAGUGAAAUUUGUCCUCUUUAUUUACGCCAAAAUCCGAACUUUUUUGAGAGAGACGCCAAUAACACUCUGUUCUCUCAAUAAGCCUAAAAAACAGAGCAAACAGAAGCUCACAAUAUGCAAGAUCCAUCAUCAAUAUAUUCACAGAUCAAUCCUCAGUUCCCAGAUCAACAAGUCCUGAAAUGCCCUAGAUGUGAUUCAAUCAACACGAAGUUUUGUUACUACAACAAUUACAAUCUUUCUCAGCCACGCCAUUUUUGUAAGAAUUGUAAAAGGUAUUGGACUAAAGGAGGUAUUUUGAGGAAUAUUCCAGUUGGUGGAAGCUCUCGUAAGAACACAAAACGAUCUUCUUCGAAUAGCUGUAAACGCUCCUCAACGAUGACGAUUUCAUCUUCAACUUCAUCAGAACAAAAUUCAAAAACAGAGCAUUUUGAUACCCCUGUUGUUCGGAACAGCCCGAUUGUUGACGCCAAUGGGCCUUUCGGCUCGCUACUAGCAUCAAACGGGCCGGAGAUAGGGAAUUUUUUAAAUGUUUUGAAUCCUAACGGGCCCGAUUCGGGCUCAGACGCUGCUGCCGCUCAAAGUGGGAAUAGUAAUAAUAAUCAUGAAUUUUUGGGUGAAGAUUCUAAUUGUUGGAAUGGUACUAAUGGUUGGGCUGAUCUUGCUAUUUACACCCCAGGUUCAACCUUUCAGUAAUUAAUUAAUUAAUUAAUUACAAUAGAUUAUUAGAACUUUGUAUUAGUACUACUAAUACUUAUGAAAAUGCACUUAUCUUUUUCUAAGCAUGAAUGUUGGAAGUGUUGUUUGCGGAUUGUAUACUAUUACUAGUAGUUUUCGUAUCAGCUUGUCGUGCAUCUCAGUUUUUUAUUAAUACAUGUACUGAGUGACUCAGUUCAUGUUUACGAAAACUUAAUAUUUUUACUUUGCAUCAAACUAGUUUUGUUUGGGUAAUGCUUAGUGUACGUACAUAAUUGUGUGUGAUUUGAGAUUUCAUGUAUGUUAUUCCAAGGGAAAUGAUAAAUUAUGAAAUUUAUUACUUUUGUUUUUUA